AUAGCUUCAAUUUUCAGACCAUUAAAAUAAACUUCCCAGGAAGAAGCAACCAAGAAGAAACAAAACAUUUUUUGUUGAUUUGUUCUACCCUGCAAGCAUGAAUCAACCUAGAAGCAAAAUCAUCUGGGUCUGACAGCUAAAGAAACUUUCCAGAUGACCAUCUGGCCCAAAAAGAACUAGGAUAUAAGGAUAAAAUCAAAGCCCAGAAAGAACAAGGGCAAAAGGGUAUAUUACAAAAACAGAGCUCUUCCAAAGUUCACCCUCUGCAACCUGCACCGAGCAACCACCCCUUUUUCUUUUUCUAUCUGGCUCCUUGUCCUUUGAAUUAUCGAUAAUUAAUCAUUUAAAGCUGCAAUAGCAGUGUGGAAGGAGUAAUCAGACUCCGUUCAAUCACUGCAAAAUCGAAUUGGAUAAGGAAGCAAAGACAAGAUGUUUGGGAGUGCGAUUCGAUACUUUUCGACAAAACCCAAGCCGAAAAUGAAGCCAAUCGAGCUCAAAACGCCACCAGAGCAAACGCAGACCAUAACCAGAGUUAUCUUCGACAUUCUCAAGGAGCAUGGCCCCCUCACUGUAGGUGAUACUUGGGAACGGGUCAAGGAGGUUGGAUUGAGAGGGCUGACAAGCAAGAGGCAUAUGAAGAUAGUGCUGAGAUGGAUGAGGGAGAGACAGAAGCUUAGGCUAAUAUGCAACCAUGUCGGGCCUCACAAACAAUUUCUGUAUACAACUUGGUUCACUAAAUCCAACAUCGGGCAGGCAAGACCAGUGAAAAAUUCUUCAGCAACUAGUUUGCCUGUCAAUAAUUCUUCAAGUCCAAAAUCGCCUUGAGGUUGCAAGAGAACUUGGCUAACAAGCCUAUUCAAGAUGUUUACUGUUCCUGCAACUCUGCGAUACAGAAAUUUUGCUGCAAUGUUUCCAAUCUGUUUCCAGUUUUCAUGUACAAAUGCCAAGUUCGAUUAUGAUGCUUUUGUAAUCAUUCCUUU